CAUAAAAACCGGGUUCCGGGAAACGCCACUCGCAGGCGUGCUGCUGAGGCGUGAGUAUGGCGUCUCGCGGCCGGCGUCCGGAGCACGGUGGCCCACCGGAGCUGUUUUAUGAUGAGAAAGAAGCCCGGAAAUACGUUCGCAAGUGAGGGGAGCCCGAGUACUGCGCGGUGUCCGGGGGUCGGGAAGCGGCAAGUUGUCCCGGUUGCUGGCGUUACGCAGAAAGCUCGUGGAAUUUGGGGCUCACGGAUGAUUGAUAUCCAGACCAGGAUGGCUGGGCGAGCACUGGAGCUUCUUUAUCUGCCAGAGAAUAAGCCCUGUUACCUGCUGGAUAUUGGCUGUGGCACUGGGCUGAGUGGAAGUUAUCUCUCAGAUGAAGGGCACUAUUGGGUGGGCCUGGAUAUCAGCCCUGCCAUGCUGGAUGAAGCCGUGGACCGAGAGAUAGAGGGAGACCUACUCCUGGGGGAUAUGGGCCAGGGCAUCCCAUUCAAGCCGGGCACAUUUGACGGUUGCAUCAGCAUUUCUGCUGUGCAGUGGCUGUGUAAUGCUAACAAGAAGUCUGAAAACCCUGCCAAGCGCCUGUACUGCUUUUUUGCUUCUCUUUUUUCUGUUCUCGUCCGGGGAUCCCGAGCUGUCCUGCAGCUAUACCCUGAGAACUCAGAGCAGUUGGAGCUGAUCACAACCCAGGCCACAAAGGCGGGCUUCUCCGGUGGCAUGGUGGUGGACUACCCUAACAGUGCCAAAGCAAAGAAAUUCUACCUUUGCUUGUUUUCUGGGCCUUCGACCUUUAUACCAGAGGGGCUGAGUGAAAAUCAGGAUGAAGAUGAACCCAGGGAGUCUGUGUUCACCAAUGAGAGGGUCCCAUUCAGGAUGUCGCGGCGGGGAAUGGUGAGGAAGAGCCGGGCAUGGGUGCUGGAGAAGAAGGAGCGGCACAGGCGCCAGGGCAGGGAAGUCAGACCUGACACCCAGUACACCGGCCGCAAGCGCAAGCCCCGCUUCUAAGUCACCACACAGUUCUGGACAGGCACUUGCCUCUGUACUUUUCUAUAUUGUUCAGCUGACAAAGUAGUAUUUUAGAAAAGUUCUAAAGUUCUGAAAAUGUUUUCUGCAGUUAAAAAAAAAAAAAAGUACUCUGGGCCGGGCGUGGUGGCUCACACCUGUAAUCCCAGCACCUUGGGAGGCUGAGGCGGGAGGAUCAUUUGAGGCCAGGAGUUUAAGACGUGCCUGGGCAACAUAAUGAGACUUCGUUUCUGGGGGGGGAGGGGGGAAGCUCUGAGCAUCUUAUUUUGUUUAAAAGCAAGAAAUAAAAAUUCCUUUUGUGGA